AUGCCAACUCUUCAACAUUCCUGCCGUCCUCCUGAAGAAUAUUGUACCCUCGAAAUUGUUGCUUCAUUUAAAGCCUACAGUUCUGAAGGUUCAAUGGAUGUACAAAAGAAAAAGGAUAUAAAGACUAAGAUUCAAAAAGAACUGCAAAGGUUGAAGGAACAAAAAAGCCUUAAUUUAGGUUCAAAAUUUAAGCCUUCACCAACCUAUCGGAAGGGGUUUUCUUUAUUUAUUCAGACAAUGAAACCACUCACCAGUUUAAACGAAGUACUUAAUGAUGAUUUAUUCUCCAGAAUUUUGAAUUUUAUGAAAAACAUAAAGCAAAUUGGAGAUGCUAGAUUUUGUCUUUCAAAGAUCCCAGUUGCUCAAGGAACAGAUGACCCUCAGCUUAGCGGGGAGAUAUUGUCUACAACAUCAAGAAAUGCAAGCCUGUAUUCUUUUCAUUCUACAUUUUUUCCAAUAAUGUCAUCGCCUGAAGAAUUAACAAAUGUCCGUUCACCUCCAGAAGAUGUCACAACUAUUAAGUGGUAUGAUCAAGAAAUCAAAGAAUUACGCCAAGAAAACAAAUAUUUGGAAGUAUUUCGUCAAGAAAUCAAAGAAUUGCGCUAA